UAGGGGGGAGGGCAUGUGUGUGUGGGGGGGUGGUAUUUAAAGGGAAAAGCUGACAGUGCUGCUGAGUGAGGGAGAGGGUGCUGCGAGCUGCUGGGCUGCACACGCACACGCACACCGAUGCACACGGACCCGGACACAGACAUGGACACGGACACAGAAACCACAGCACUCUGCCCCUCUGGCAGCCGCCGGGCCUCCCCUCCAGGGACGCCCACGCCAGAAGCAGAUACCACACUACUAAAGAAGCCAGAGAAACUGUUGGCAGAGUUGGACCGCAGUGGGCUACCCUCUGUCCCUGGGGCCCCCAGACGAAGAGGCAGUAUGCCUGUCCCCUACAAGCAUCAGCUCCGGCGGGCCCAGGCUGUAGAUGAACUUGACUGGCCACCUCAGGCCUCAUCAUCUGGCUCCUCUGACUCCUUGGGCUCAGGAGAGGCAGCCCCUGCUCAAAAGGAUGGCAUCUUCAAGGUCAUGCUAGUGGGGGAGAGCGGUGUGGGCAAGAGCACCCUAGCAGGCACUUUUGGUGGUCUCCAGGGAGACAGUGCUCAUGAACCAGAGAACCCAGAGGAUACCUAUGAAAGACGCAUCAUGGUGGAUAAGGAGGAAGUGACUCUAGUCGUUUAUGAUAUCUGGGAACAGGGGGAUGCAGGAGGGUGGCUGCGGGACCACUGCCUUCAGACCGGGGACGCCUUUCUCAUCGUCUUCUCAGUCACUGACCGACGGAGCUUCUCCAAAGUUCCAGAGACCCUACUUCGGCUCCGGGCUGGGAGGCCGCACCACGACCUACCCGUUAUCCUUGUUGGAAACAAGAGCGAUUUGGCCCGCUCCCGGGAGGUAUCACUGGAGGAGGGCCGCCACCUGGCCGGGACGCUGAGCUGCAAGCACAUCGAGACGUCGGCCGCACUGCACCACAACACGCGGGAGCUCUUCGAGGGCGCGGUGCGCCAGAUCCGGCUGCGGCGGGGCCGAAGCCGCGCCGGGGGCCAGAGGCCCGAGCCGGGCAGCCCCGAGGGUCCUGCGCCGCCCGCACGCCGCGAGAGCCUCACCAAGAAGGCCAAGCGGUUUCUCGCCAACCUGGUGCCGCGCAACGCCAAGUUCUUCAAGCAGCGCUCCAGGUCGUGUCACGACCUCUCGGUGCUCUGAGCCGCGGUCGCCAUGACCACUGCGGUCGCCAUGGUCACCGCGCCCUCCGCUCGCCCCCCUCGCCCCGCCCCUCCCCGCCCCCGUCCGGCUUCCCUGGUGGAGGCCGUCUAGGAAACCAAAAACUCCCAGGAUGCCCCGGUGUGACCUCGGGGGGCGGCCCGGGGCCGCUGGGCGGUACCUCCACACCCGCCCCCACGCGUUCUCCGGACCUUCGGGCCUCAGGGCGCCUAGAAGGCAAGGACGCAGACCUGAAGGCGGCCGGUGAGCGGGGCGGGUUCUGCUGGGUCGGGAAGAAAAAUAAUUCUGCAACGUAGUUUGUUUUUUAUUAAUUCGCGCUUGGCCACCUCAUCUGUAAAGAGAUUCUAAAAGCGAGAUCUGGAAAAGUGCUUUGUAGACUCCUUGACGGAGUUUGCCUCCUUUGUACGCUGCGUGAACAUGCCUCACCUUUAAGAGAGUCUUAAAGGUGAAGACACGGAGACCCUUCCUCCAGGGACCUUCCUGAAAACGUUCUGGCUCUCAUCUGCUGCCGCAUGUGUCCACUUUGCCUUUAAGGAGUUCUUAAAGGCAAGGGCCUGGAAGCCCUUGAUUCACUUGACUUACUAGUCCACCACGGCACUUCCCCUUUAAGAUUAUUAAAGGUAAGGGGUGGACAGACUUUCUGCAUUCAGAAGCUGAGCAGUGGCAACCCCUUUGGGCCAGGGCCCAGGGGGCACCAGCAAGAGGCCACCCUUUCCCUUUUCAAUAAAGAAUUUUUGUACUGCA